AUGGCAGGAGAAUGGAGUAGUAAUAGUAGUAGUAGUAGUAGUAGUAGUAGUAGUAGUAGUAGUAGUCUUAAUAGUAGUAGUAGUAGUAGUAGUAGUAGUAGUAGUAGUAGUAGUCGUAAUAGUAGUAAUAGUAGUAGUAGUAGUAGUAGUAGUAGUAGUAGUAGUAGUAGUAGUAGUAGUAGUAGUAGUAGUAGUAUUAGUAGUAGUAGUAGGAGUAGUAGUAGUAGUAGUAGUAGUAGUAGUAGUAGUAGUAGUAGUAGUAUGAAUAUGGUCAACACAAGAAGCACCAAGGAACAGAAGACCAAAGAAAAACUACCGGAAGAACCAGAUGUACAGGUCAAGGAAAUUGAUGUUGAGACGCCACAUCAUAGCAUAGAUGUAGCGGAGCAAAAGACGACGGAAUCAACACCUAUGCCGAAUGUAAAAAAACAAGGAACGAAGAUAAUUGAGUUCUCACCAAUAGGCAAUGGAGAUGAGAUCACCAACAACACACCGGAAACGAUAAAGGACGAUUCGGAAACUAAGAAAACGUCGUUUACAGAGAGGGCCACUGAAGAAAAGCUACAACAGAUGGCUGACAAAGUGGAGACGACCGACAACAAACGAGAGAAAAAUGUCGAAAAAGACAUGGAGGAAAAGGAAAAAGCGAUAUGA